GCCCGGACGCGUCCCUUCUAAAGAUGGCAGCCGGCGGCGGCUGCGCUUGUGGCCGCCUCAAGAUGGCCGCCGCUCCGCUCCCCUCCCUGCCUUCUUUUUGCCUUUCCUCCUGGGGAUCUCAGCCUUAGGGCUGGGUGGGCUUGGCGGCCGCUAGGCGCGACCUCCCCGCCAUGGCCGCCCGCUCCCUCCCCUCCCAAGAUGGCGGCGGCGGCGGCGCGCGGGCGGGGGGCGGGUGUCCCGCCCCAAGAUGGCGGCGGCAGCAGCAGGGGCGCGCCGGCGCUGAGCGGGGCGAUGGCGGCGGAGGGGCCGGGCAGCCUGUUCGCGCUGAGCGCGGCGGCGGUGAGCCGCAGCAUGGGAGCCCUGGAGCGGGACGUCUGGGCGCUGCCCGGGCACCUCCUGCGGGGGCUCCUGCCGCUUCUCAGCGUCUUCCGCCUCGAGCGGGCCGAGGGCGCCGCGCGGAGAGCAGGCCUCUCGACACAGCCCAUCUGGCGCAAGCUGUGGGACGAUGUGAUGAAAACCAGACCGCCCAACUCGGAGAAUAUAACCUGUUGGAGGAAGAAAUUCCUUGAAACGUUCUUUUCAAAUGUUCUUCAUGGUGUCUUGGAUAUUUCCUCUGACUGGCGUCUCAACGACCAUCACUUUUCCCCGCUGCUCCACAGCUCCCCGCACGUUUCCCAGCUUACCCUCUGCAACAUGCUGCAGGGCGCAGUGGAGCUCACUGCUGAGCACAACCAGAAAGUGCUUGAAAACCUGGCUGGCUCCCUGCGGAUCCUGAAGUUCCAGCGCCUCCUCUCCUCUGACCAGUCCAUUAGGCGUUCGCUAGUUUUACUUCUUCACCGGCUGAUUCACCAUGGCUCUGUCAGUCAGGUGUCCAUGUAUUCCUGGCCUGUUCCCGACACGGUUCUUCUUGUUCUCAUUUUGAGCAUGAGUGCUGGGUUUUGGCGCUCGGGAAAUGCCCUUGCGUAUCACAGCAGCCCGUGUGGCCUUUGCAGAGAGGAUGACAAAGCCCAAAGCCGGGAGUCAGCACAGGAGCGAGCAGAGAGGGGCCGUUGUGGUGAAAGGGAGUGGAGCGAUGGUGAGAAACAGAGAUCCCCCAGGGCCCCGGAGGAGGCUGCUGCAAAGGUGGAUGGAUGUGAGGCUGAUGCUUACCUGAACUCUGUCCUCUCCAGACCAAGAAGUCCUCCUCUGCGAAACCAGCUGUGUGAGGAGGCAAGCAGCAAGGUGCCCUGUGACCACACCAGCGUUCAGGGAGGAUCUGCUCCUCUCUGCAUCUCAGAGCAGCUGUCCUGUCACCCAGUUCUUCGAAAGACACGUAGACGGCUGAAAUCUGCAGUGGGAAAGAAACGUCGCUGCCUCAGACGAAGCAGGGGACCACACACUGACCCAGAAGACCUGUAUGAUUUUGUUUUUACUGUUGCUAGAGAGGAUAACUCGGAGCGACUGUACAAAAACAGUGCCACAGAAGGAGAAAACGCAGAGAACUGGACCAGUUCCUCCUCAGGAUCCCCAUGCACUGGCCAUGCUGGCUGUAAGAAAAGAGGAGCAUCUACUGGGAUCUUUCCUCUGAAAGCUGCUCGCCGCUUCCGAAGUGUGUCCACACUGGAAUUGUUUUCCAUUCCUUUGACUGGGGAAACAUGUCGUACUCUGAGUAACCUGCUGAGCUCCUGGGUGUCUUUAGAAAACUUGGUUCUGUCUUACAAUGGCCUGGGUGCAAACAUCUUCUGCAUCCUCUCUGGGCUCCGGGCCCUCUCCCGCCACUCGGACUGCCACCUCCGUGUGGUGCGCGUGAGCGACAUCUUCUCCCACAUGCCUUGCAUGGAGCUCGUUUGCUGCAUCCUGAACGCCUUUCCUCAGCUCCACACGCUCUCAGUCAGCUUCGACCUCAAAAACCAGCUGGAGGGGAACGGGCCAGAGGGGAAUCCAAGCUGCGGUGAGGUAGAAAUCCCAGAGAGCUGCCUGGAGCAGCUGGAGAUCCGAUUCCCCAGGGAACCUCUGCACACUGCCUUCCUGCUGCCAGUGCUCAAGGCAUCAAGAUCCCUCCAGCAGUUGUCCCUUGACAGCGCCACGCUGCCCUGUUCUCAGGAGCUUGGGCUCCUUUUGGAGGCACUCAAAGAGUGUAAUCCGAAUUUGAACAAACUGAGCUUUCAUGAUGUGAACCUGGCUGAGCACCAGAAAGAAGUUCUGCUUUUGCUUCGGGAUCCUGGCCUGCAAGAAAUCACAUUUUCCUUUUGCCGGCUGUUUGAAAGCUCUACUACUGAGUUUUUGUCAGAAAUAAUCGACACUGUGAAAAGAAACUCAUCUUUGAAGAGCCUCAAACUGCCUGGGAAUCGCCUUGGGAAUCACAGGCUGGUUGCCCUUGCAGACAUUUUUUCCGAAGAUUCCUCCUCUUCUCUUUGCCAGCUGGAUGUCAGCUCAAAUUGCAUCAAACCUGAUGGACUCCUGGAGUUCACAAAGAAGCUGGAAGGUCACAUCCAGCAGAGAGGGGGGCAGAUUCAAUUCACACACCUCCGCCUCUUCCAGAAUUGGCUGGACCAGGAUGCUGAAACAGCUCAAGAAGCUCUUCGGCGUCUCAAAGCUGUGUGUAGUGUGGUCAGUGAUUCGUGGGACUCCUCCCAGGCCUUUGCUGACUACAUCAGCGUCAUGUGAUGGAUGCAGGAGCAGGAGAAAACAGAUCAGCUUGAACUAAGCAGCUCAGUUCCUGGGCAGCAGAUCCUAUUUCACAGCACAGGUGGGGUUUUCUUCUCCUGGUUCAAGCAGCAUACAGUUGUUCUCAUCACUUUUCUGUUCAUUUGAUGAAGGGGUACCACAGUGAAGUGACACACAAGAACAUGUGGGAUAACAGCUGUAUUUCCAUGUGAUCUAACUAUCAUCUUCUUGGUUUGAAGAUUUUAAGUGGGACAGGUAUCAAAUGAGUUUGUGUGACUUCUUGCCAGAUUUCAUGUUGCUUCAGCCAAUGUCUCAUCAAUAACUGUCUCCACUAUUGGAGAGACUCAAAAGCCAUCUGGUUCUGAUCCUUGACAACCAGCUGUUGGUGACCUUGCUUUUGAGCAGGGGUGUUGGACAAUGACCUUGAGAUCCCUUCCAACUUCAACUGUUCUGUGAUCUGUGAAUAAGAACUUCUCCCUCCACUUAAAGGGAGUAGAAAACAAGCUAUAAAACCCCACAGCCUUGAUCUUUUACAUUUGGAAAAUUUUACUUUGUAAAAAAAAAAUUCUUUAUGGACCAACCAGCCUCCUGUUUAUUUGCAACCAUAUUGCCCCUCUACACUCUCUGCGGUCAUUUUACAGAGGUUUUGAGUAGUUUGUUCUUUUGUAAUGUUUUUAUAAUAAAAAUAUAGUUAAGACCCAUAA